UUUGCGUUGCUCCGCCCCGGAGGCCGGGUAGCAGUCAGCGUGCUGCUCAAAUAGGGCGCUGCGGAGGAGCCCGGAUCACUGGCCGGGGCUGAGGUUGGAAGGCGGAGGCGAGAUGAGCCCGGCGCCCGCGUUCCUGAGCGCUGCCGAGGUGCAGGGCCACUUGCGCAGCUCCAGCCUCCUCAUCCCACCUCUGGAGGCGGCUCUGGCCAACUUCUCUAGCGGCCCGGACGGAGGCGUCGUGCAGCCGGUGCGCACUGUGGUGCCGGUGUCCAAACACAAAGGCUUCCUGGGCGUCAUGCCUGUCUACAGUGCAGCAGAGGAUGCCCUGACCACCAAGCUGGUCACCUUCUACGAGGGCCACAGCACCAGCUCAACCGUCCCCUCCCACCAGGCUGCUGUGUUACUGUUUGAGCCCAGCAAUGGCUCCCUGCUGGCGGUCAUGGAUGGAAAUGUCAUAACUGCCAAGAGAACAGCUGCAGUAUCUGCCAUUGCCACCAAGUUUUUGAAACCUCCUGGCAGCGAUGUGCUGUGCAUCCUUGGGGCUGGUGUCCAGGCCUAUAGCCAUUAUGAGGUCUUCACAGAGCAGUUCUCCUUCAAGGAGGUGAGGAUAUGGAACCGCACCAUGGAAAAUGCAGAGAAGUUUGCGAACACAGUGCAAGGAGAGGUACGGGUCUGUUCAUCAGUGCAAGAGGCUGUGACAGGUGCUGACGUGAUCAUCACGGUCACCAUGGCCACGGAGCCCAUUUUAUUUGGUGAAUGGGUGAAACCAGGGGCCCACAUUAAUGCGGUUGGAGCCAGCAGACCCGACUGGCGAGAACUGGAUGACGAGCUCAUGAAGCAGGCAGUGCUGUACGUGGAUUCCAGAGAGGCUGCGCUGAAGGAGUCAGGAGACGUGCUGUUGUCAGGGGCUGAGAUCUUUGCUGAGCUGGGAGAAGUGAUAAAGGGAGUGAAGCCAGCCCACUGUGAGAAGACCACGGUAUUCAAGUCUCUGGGGAUGGCAGUGGAAGACAUGGUUGCAGCCAAACUGGUAUAUGAUUCCUGGUCGUCUGGUAAAUGAAACGACGAAGCUCUGUGUUGAGAGGGAUGCUACAACUCCAAGGAAGUUGCUCCUGGCCGUCUCCUAGUUUCCAGAUUAAAUGAGGGAGCCAGGCCCCAGUGAACUAUAAUUUUGUGCUUAUCAUGUCAUUUAAAUACCGAGUUUGUAUUUGUAGGUGGAAACCAAAACUAGGUGAUGUUUCUUCUGUUAUACCAGGUUAUAAUAGCAUUCCUUUCCUUUGUGUUCCACUAACUUUGGAUUUCCCUGAAAUAAAGGCUUCCCAGUUCUGCAGUAUUUGCUUUAGUAACUUCCAUUCCUUAUGGCAAGGAAGUGAGGGAAAUGAAGUGCUUUCAUUCAACUGAUGUGACACAUGCCUAUAAUCCCAGCACUCUGGGAGGCUGAGACAGGAGGAUUGCUUGCCUGGGCAAACUUAGCAAAUUGGUAAGGCCCUGUCUCAAAAUUAAAAACAAAAAAGUGUUGGCUGUGUAGUUUAGUGUGGAUACCCUGGAUUAAGUCUCCAAUACUUAAGAAAAAAGUGUUUCCAUUCAUUCUCCUAGAGUGAAUCAUCUCUAAGACAAUAAUGGAAAUUUUUCUGC